AUGUGUGCAUGCUUUGUUGUUGUUGUUGUUGUUGAUCACGCCUUUAUCCCUCACUUUGAACUUGACGAGGUCGUUGUGGUUCCUUCCAUUCCUUUUUUGUGUUGUCGGUUCCCUCCAGUCUAUUUCACGGAUGGUGUUGUUUUUUUUGUUGUUGUUGUUGUUUUUUUGGUGGGAAGGAAUGAACCCCUCCCCCCAGUGGCUCAUGUAUUCUCCUCCGUCAUGUGCAUGUCUUUUUCUUUUUCCCUCUUCUUCUUUUUUUGCUCGCAUGUUCAUGCCGCAUCCAAAGGCCACACACACAUCCUCUGCCUUUCUCUCUCUCUCUCUCACUCUAACGAGUAG